AAUAAAAUUUUUAUUUCUUUGAUUAAAUAAAUAUGCUUGCCUGCAGUUUUGUCUAUUUAAAUCAAUUAUAAUCAUAAUAGCGGUAAUUAAAUAAACCGAGCAGAGUUCAAAACAAUAAUAUGCAUUUCUAAUCAGCAAAAUUUUUGCGACAGUAUUACAAUAAACAUUAAAAUAUUUUCUGUCAAGUAAUGCUUAAUUGACCGAACUCCGAAGUAAACAUUCAAUUAACUAAAGGAAAAAAGUUCAAAGUUUAUUUUGUGGGCUCUUUUGUUGGUUUCACAGUACAUUAUAUAAAAUAACUCUGUGAAACAAUGGUGCCUCAAAUAACUGUCGCUCAAGGAACCAUGCAGGGGAGAAAGUGUAGCACACCAUGUGGCAAAAAGUAUUACAGUUUUGAAGGUAUACCAUAUGCAAAACCACCUAUUGGAGAACUUAGAUUUAGGGAUCCGCAAAAAGCAGAACCAUGGUCUGGUAUUCUAGACGCAACGAAACCAGGUAAUAAAGCUGUACAACUUAACAUGGCAGGUACCAUAGAGGGCUCAGAAGAUUGUCUAUACCUCAACAUAUAUACGCCGAGUUUGCCAUCAGAAAAAAUAGAAAAACUGCCAGUGCUAUUCUUUGUGCAUGGCGGUCGCUUUUUGGUUGGCUGUGGGGACUAUUACAGGCCAGACUAUUUAAUACGUCAUGACGUUGUCAUAGUAACGAUAAACUACAGAUUAAGUAUAUUCGGAUUUCUCUGUCUUCACACGAGAGAGGUACCCGGUAACGCCGGGGCAAAAGAUACUAUUAUGGCACUAAGAUGGGUUAAAAAUAAUAUUGGGAAUUUUAAUGGAGAUACUGGCAACAUUGUCGCGUACGGAGAAAGUGCUGGAGCUGGAAUCGUCAACUCUUAUUUGACGUCCAAAAUGGCGGACGGCUUGAUCAGUAAAGUCAUCUGUCAAUCGGGCAGUUUUCUAUCAGAUUUGUAUCUAAUUGAUGAAGAUUAUGUGGGAAAAGCGAAAGAAAUUGCCAAAAAUAUGGGCGGAGAUAUUUCAGAUACAAAAGAAUUAUUCGACUUCUUCUCUAAAGCAUCUGUGGAAGAUUUAAUUUACGCAUACACUAUGUGCGAAGCGAAUCGAGACCCGUUCGUAUUAAAUUCCUAUUUGCUUCCCGUAGUCGAGAGAAAGUUCGAGAACGUCGAAGCAUUUUUCGAUGAAUACCCUCUCGAAUCGAUACGAAAUAAUCGAUAUAAGAAAUUACCUAGAAUCAUGACGGCGGCAACACAUGAGGCUGCACUAUUUAUACAAAGAAACGAAGAUGGCAACAUUAACUUCAGCAAAAACUUACGUACAUUCAUACCUAGAUAUUCAUUUAUAAACACUGAGUCACCUAGAGCGUAUAAAAUCGAGAAACGUUUAAGACAAUUGUAUUUUAAAGAUGAAAAUACUGAAAUGGGUACUCUAGAAGAAUAUUUAGCAUUAAUUUCCGAUGCAUAUUUCUUAAGGGACAUUGUAUAUGAUACCGAAACAUUGGCGCAGAAUCAAAAUAAUGAGUAUUUCUGUCGAUUCGAUUAUCAUGGUAAUAUGAAUACUAGAGUUAUGAAAAAAAUGGGUUUUAAAGGUACAACGCAUGGUGAUUUGAUACAGUAUGUAUUUUAUAAGGAGAAAAAGGCGAAAAUGUGCACGGAAAAUGAUAUGAGGGUAGUUGAUUUGUUGACUGAAGCAUGGUGUAAUUUUGCAAAGACUGGGAAACCAACAUGGAGAAAUCAAGAAGUAGAGUGGUUGCCAUACUUAAAAAAUAAGAGACACUGUUUAAAUUUAGGCCAAUCUAAUAUUCAAUGUAUUCCCUUGCCUGAAUAUGAGAGAAUUAAAGUCUGGUUCGAUUUAACAGGGCAAAGAUCGAAACUAUAAAAAUGUGAUUAAUUUUAUAAAAAUAAAAAAUACUAGUGAGUAGUACUUAAUAUUUUAUAGGUGCUGGCAAUUCCAAAUAUAGUUUGUAGGUGUGUUUGAUGUAAAUUUUUUAGAUAUUUCUCGUUUUAUUUUUAAAAAGUUAUUAUUGUCAUUUUACUCGUUGGGUAAAGGGCUUUCGAUAUCGGUUUAAAGUUUUUUGAUAUCUGCAAUAGUUACGGAAUAAUCGCCUGUGUACACUUACACUUCUCCUGUGACUACACUUAACGAUUACACUCUGUAUAAAUAGGACGUAAUUUUUGGACCUUUUUGAUAGCUGUUGAAAAAAUUUCUUCAUUACAUAGCUUAAUAAUUAUUUUUGAAUGGCAUGGGCUAUAUUAAUUACUAGCUGUUCCCCGCGGUUUCACCCGCAUUGCUCCGCUCCUUUUGGUCUUAGCGUAAUGAUA